GCAGAGGUGUAUAGCCACAUCCACACCAGACGUGAUGAAAGAGGGGAGAGAGACAAGAGGGUGGCCCUGGCCCUGGCGGUCACAUGGCGCCACGUGGAAGUGAGCCCCUCUGCUCUGCAUUUUUUUUUGUUUCUUGUUUUUUGCCAUGUGCAGAUGGAUCGAGCAGUUGUUGCUUUAAUAAUAUCUCCCUCCCUCCCUUGAAAAAAUUAAGUGUUUCAGUUGAAACAAAGGUAGCUUAAUAUAUACUGUAAGUAGUAAAUUGAUAACAAGAAAGGAUGUAGUUGGAGCUAGGGAAUUAUUUGUCUUGUCACGCUCGUUGGCCAUCAACCUGAGCUGAGCUGCUUACUUUCCUUGCUCUGCUAGCUAUAUCACAAGAAGAGAGAGCAGAGCCAGAGCCUCUUCUUCUUCUUCUUCUUCUUCUUCGAGUUGGUGGUGGCGGCGGCAGCGCAUCUCAUCUGCUCGAAGGAAGGAAGGAAGCAAGUAGGCUCAACUCAUACUCACCCACUCAUUCAUCAUUGGCCUAUCCUACAUACCACCGCAUAUAUAAGAGCAGAGCAGAGCAGAGGAGGAAGCAAGGAAGAAGGCGACCUCCCUCGCCGGCGGCGCCUCCUCCGCCGUACCUGUAUGUAUGUACUCCUAGGAAAGGGGACAUGAAAGCUACCUAGGCUAGGCACCACUAGUAUGCAAGUAUGACAGAUUGACAGCAACCACCUUGACCUUGAGGCAACAGCAAACCCACCCCAACGCUGCAGCUGCUGCUUCUGCUUCCACAACAAAAUUCAGCAGCAUGGCAGCCCCUGCUGCCAGCAACCACCACCUUCAGGCAACAACAGCACACCCAUCCCAGUCCCACCAAAACCAACCCAACUUCAGAGCAAACUCAGCAACAACAGCAGCAGGCCUCAGGGUCAGAGACAUCACGCUACCCAAUGGCGACGUCUACUCCGGCACCCUAUCAUCAUCACAGCAAGUGCCCGAGGGCACGGGCCAGUACGUCUGGGCCGGCGGCAGCUGCUGCGUGUACGAGGGCGGCUGGAGGAGGGGGACGAGGCACGGCCAUGGCAGGACCCUCUGGCCCUCCGGGGCCGUCUACGAGGGCGAGUACUCCGCCGGGUUCGUGGACGGCGAGGGGACCUACCUCGCCGGCCCCUGCACCAGCUCCUCUUCAUCAUCAUCAUCCUACAAGGGGCAGUGGAAGCUGGACCGCAAGCACGGCCACGGGCUCCAGACAUACCCCAACGGGGACACAUUCGAUGGCUCCUGGGUGCAGGGUCAGAUGGAGGGCCAUGGCAGGUACACUUGGGCCAACGGCAACAGCUACGUCGGCACCAUGAGGAACGGCACCAUGUUCGGCAAGGGGGUGCUCACAUGGAGCGCCACCGGGGACUCGUUUCAGGGGAACUGGCUCGACGGCGCGAUGCACGGGUACGGGCUCUACACCUGGGAGGACGGCGGGUGCUACCUCGGGACGUGGACCAGGGGGUUCAAGGAUGGAAAAGGCACAUUCUAUCCUAAGAAUUGCAGAGUUCCCGCGGCCCACCAGCUCUACAUCAACGAUCUGAGGAGCAGGGGCGUGCUACCCGACAUCUCAAAAAAUGUCCUUCAGCAGCAGCGGUCCUCUUCCUCCUUCGACACGAAUCAAGAGCCUGCUGGACCACCAGGUCCAAAGUUGUCCUUGAGAAACCUGAGCUUCGAGCGGCCUCCAACAAAGAAGCCGUCUCUGCAAAGGCGCUGGAGUAUCGGAGUGGCCAUCAAGAUCAUCGGUAACGAGUCAAGUUCUGAAACACAAAAACAAGGCUGUGAUGAAGACAUUGCUGGUUGUUCUAGCCUCCCGAUACUGGAAAGGGAGUACGCGCAGGGCGUUCUGAUCAGCGAGGUCGUGUUGAACAAGAGCUGCCUGGACUCGUCCAAGAAACUGAGUCGGCGACAGAGCAGGGCGGCCAAGGAUGUCAAAAGGCCCGGGGAGAUGAUCAUCAAAGGGCACAGGAGCUAUGAUCUGAUGCUCUGCCUGCAGCUUGGAAUCAGGUACACGGUUGGAAAGAUUACACCGAUUCAGAGGCGUGAAGUGCAAGCCUCUGAUUUCGGCCCCAAGGCCAGCUUCUGGAUGAACUUCCCCACAAAAGGAACACGGCUUACUCCUGCACACCGUGCUGUCGAUUUUAAGUGGAAGGACUACUGUCCAGUGGUCUUCAGAAAUUUGAGGGAGAUGUUCAAGCUUGAUACAGCCGAUUACAUGAUUUCCAUUUCUGGAAGUGACGCACUUAGGGAGCUGUCUUCUCCUGGAAAGAGUGGAAGUAUGUUUUUCUUAUCGCAAGAUGACCGCUUCAUGAUCAAGACUCUUCGGAAAUCAGAAGUGCAGGUUCUUUUGCGUAUGCUUCGAGACUAUUACCGCCAUGUCCAUACUUAUGAUAACACGCUCGUGACUAAGUUUUUUGGCCUCCACCGGGUGAAACCUUCCAGCGGGCAAAAGUUCAGAUUUGUAGUGAUGGGCAACAUGUUCUGCACAGAACUUAGAAUCCAUCAAAGAUUCGAUUUGAAAGGUUCAUCCUUAGGCAGAUCUACUGACAAAGUUAAAAUCGACGAGAACACGACGCUGAAAGACUUGGAUCUGAACUAUUCAUUUUAUCUUGAACCUUCUUGGCGGGAUGCUUUGCUUAAGCAGAUUGAGAUCGACAGCGAAUUUCUGAAGAAUCAGGGCAUAAUGGACUACAGCUUGCUUCUUGGUUUCCAUUACCGGGCUCGCCAAAGCCUUCUAAGAGGGGGGUCGUUGCCUGAAAGCAUUUUGCAAGAUAACAAACUAGCCGUUCUUUCGGAACAAGAUGCCAUGGAGGAUGAUUCCGCCUAUAACUACCGUGAAGGGCUGGUUUUGGUGCAGCGAGGCAGCAACCAAGAUGGUAAAGUCGCUGUCGGCCCUCACAUAAGGGGGAGCCGCCUGCGGUCGUCGUCUGCUUGUUAUGAGGAAGUGGAUCUCCUGCUUCCAGGCACAGCAAGGCUUCAGAUCCAACUAGGAGUGAACAUGCCGGCGAGAGCGGAGAAAGAAGAGAAACAGGAAGAUGGAGGCAAAUCGCUCUGUCAGGUGUACGAUGUGGUGCUCUACAUAGGGAUCAUCGACAUCCUGCAGGAGUACAGCAUGAGGAAGAAGGUCGAGCACGCCUACAAGUCCGUCAAGUACAACCCCUUGUCGAUAUCCGUCGUCGAGCCCCGGUCCUACUCGGAGCGCUUCCUCAACUUCAUCCACACCGUCUUCCCGGAAAACGCACCAAACCAAUAAUUCAUUCAUCUUUCCUUCGUCUCCCCAGCAGGAAAAAAUGUAACAAAAAGAUCCAAGGAAAUGUGCUCUGCUUGCUAUAUUGCUGUUCAUAUGUGUGGGUUGAGAUGGUUGGAAGCGAAAGCAGUGUGUGUAUUUUGUCAAAAAGCAGCAUUGACAAAACUAGUCAUCAGCA